GGGUCCCCGCGCUGCUCACUGAGGAGAAUACAAUGUCUGAUGAGUUCAAUUUGAGUUCACUGCUGGAGAAAGGUGGCGUGAUUAACCUGAAUGGAGAAAGGCCAUGGUUACUUGACGGCAUUGACUAUUUAUAUAACAGCUCCAAUUAUGAUGACAACUGUUGUGACGAGGGUGAUAUAUGCAACCCAGACAAGGGCAUGGAUUUUGAGGCGUUGUACAUCCCAGUUCUGUACUCUGUGGCGUGUGUUGUGGGCAUCCUGGGAAAUGGAGUGCUGCUGGGAGUUCUGGUUCAGAGCAGGAAGACGUGGAGUGUGACUGACACCUUCAUCCUCCACCUGGGUGUGGCCGAUGUCCUGCUGCUGGUGACGCUGCCCCUCUGGGCUGCGCAGGCCACUCAAGCUCAGGGCUGGACGUUUGGUACUCCUCUCUGCAAGAUCACUGGAGCUGUGUUUACGAUCAAUUUCUACUGUGGGAUCUUCCUGCUGGCCUGUAUCAGUCUUGACCGCUACCUGUCCAUCGUUCACGCUACCCAGAUGUACUCCCGUAGGAAGCCUUGGGUCGUUCAGGCCAGCUGCUUUGCAGUGUGGUUCUUCUCCCUUCUCCUCUCUAUCCCCGACUGGAUCUUUUUGGAUGAUGCAAAGGAUGACAGACGAAAUAAAAGAGAGUGUGUUCGCAACUACUUGAAGUUUGGCUAUGGGGCAGUAUAUAACUGGCGACUGGCAUCCCGCCUGCUCUACCACGCGGUGGGCUUCCUGCUGCCUUCACUGGUCUUGAUCUUCUGCUACUCCUGCAUUCUGCGGCGGCUGCGCUGUGGCACCCAGGGCUUCAAAAAGCAGAAAGCUUUCAGGGUCAUCAUAUCGGUGGUGAUGGUUUUCUUUCUCUGCUGGACGCCAUACAACAUCACGCUCAUGAUGGACACACUUCAUUUAGACAACGGCAACGACAGCUGUGGAGUCAGAACGUCUCUGGAGAAAGCCAAGAUUGUCACCUCCUCCUUGGGUUACCUCCAUUGCACCCUCAAUCCCAUUCUGUACGCCUUUGUGGGUGUGAAGUUCCGGCGUCAGCUCCUGAACAUCCUGAGGUCUCUGGGCUGCAAGCUGAUGACAAGCGCCAGACUCCAGUCUGCUGUCAACAGUAGGAGAAGCUCUUUUUGGUCUGAAUCUGCUGACACCUCCAACUCCAUUGCUAUCUGAGAGAGAGACAAACAUAUUAACAAGCAUAUUGAUACAAACUGACUUAAACUUACAUGACGACAGAGACAUGAACAGGCGAGCAUACAAUGCAUUUCUCUAUAUUUCCCAUGCUGUAUAACUUGUAACAGGCUAUGUUGUCCUUACACUUUCUGUAGUUUAUAUUGCAUUAGUAGCCAAAUUGGAAUAUGACCACAGGACAAAGAUAAUUUUGACUUGCGGUCAUGCAGAUGUGCUUGUGGACAUCAGGUUUAUUUUUGCUUGUAUGGUAGAAAUAGCAUACUUCCCUUUUCUGAUUACCAGGCAACACUGUAUCGUAAAUAAAUCAGCACAACAUGUAAUACCGCAGUUCCUGUAGAUAUCUAUUUUACAUAAAAACUUUUAAAUUACGUGUUUUAUACCAUGUUUACUGUAUAUUUCACCUUUAUGAAUGGAACAUUCAAAUACAGAAUAAAAAUACUGACUAAAAUUUUAUUUUCUGAAUCACAAACCAGUAUGUUUUCAACAUUACAGUGCAGCAACAUGGCCAACAGGGCACAAGAUGAAUUAAAUAUACUAGAUUUCAAAAGGAACUGCUUUCCAGGGAGUCUUGUCUACAAAAAUUAAAACAGUAAAAUAACUUAAACACAUCGAAGAGUGGGUACAGUCUGUUGAUCAAGUGUACAAUUAUCUUUUUGUUUCCAUUUGAAGCCUGUAAGGGGACUAGUUUGUUAAUGUGUAUACCUGUCUAGCUGAAUCCAGAUAGUGGCACCAUAAUACUGCAGGCUUCUCAUUGAAGCAGUCUUUUUGGCUGCAGGGAUUUACAGGGGACGUGGAUCCCAUCCAGCACCGUAUGUCACCAAAGUCAAGUGACAUUUCUGAAAACCCUCCGGGGGAAGAUGAGCUUACCCUCUUUGGCUACACACAUAUUACACAUUACUUUUGUUAAGGCCGAUUGUAAUGUGUUUUAGACUAAACGUCCAAACACGUUACUGUUUUAGGCGGAAAACAGAAAAUAAAAUUGAACAGUUAAAUUAAUAAAUAAAAUGUGAAGUUUUGUGAUGUAAAAAAAAAUACCUAGAGAAUUUGUGCACCGUUUGGUUGGUGGCUUGUCAAAAAGGCCGUUCCACAGCAAUCUAAGUGAGUAGUGAGUGUGAAAUAUAGUGAUGGGUCAUUUUCUGUUUACGGAUCCCCUUGCUCUGCCUAUUAAAAGCAGGCCAGCUCCCAAUUUUUAACAACCUCAGCACAAAACCUCCCAAU